AUCUGGUUCAGCAUCUGCCACGCACGGCGCUUCCGCAGCGACCUCGCCCUCAGUCGGAUCGGCGGCGUCAGCGGCAGUAUGGCCCUGGAGGGGCUUGAAGGAGACAGUGAAGACGAUGGGGCGCCUCGUGUUAGCGGAUUCCCGCGAGAUCCAAGAGCUAGCCGCCGUCGUGUUCAAAAAGUUCGAGGCGGAGAAGGGCGGCCUGUCCGAGCAGCAAGAGGCGACGGGCAAGGCGUACGACGCGCAGUCCACCGCCCUGCGCGAGAAGGCCAAAAACGGGGAGCAGGUCGACUACGAGAGCAGGGGGGCGCCGCACGCGGCGAUCUUCGCAGCGUCGGUGAAGUGGUGGGGCACGCAGGGGAACCUUACCAAGCAGGAGCUGACCGAUGGCUUUGCGAGCCUGUGGAAGGACGUGAUCAUGCGCUUCACUUCCCAGCAGGUGGCGGCCCUGGCACAAUACUUCCGUUGGAAGCCACACAGGGGCAAGCCGAACAAGGGCAAGGGCAAGAGCAACAGCGACGACAUGCAGGAGGACGCGAAGGGCACCGACAAGGGGAUGAUCAUGUACGCGGUGGAGCUCUCUCACGCGAACGGCCCGAAGCUGUCGAUGUUGCUGGCCGAAGCCAUGGCAGACAUGAGGGCGAUCCACAAGCCAGGCGCAGCCCCUCCAGGCCCGUUGCACCGCCAGCUCUCGAGGAUGAUCAACGAGAUCUGAAUGCUUCGUCGACGGUUGGCCCACGUCUAUCUACAUCGGGGAGUCAGGCCGAUAAUGGCGAAGGGGCUGGGUAUCGUGGGCCUGGCCAGUGCAUCUUUUCAGUGAGGAACUCGGGUUCCGAGUCGGUGACGCCCGCGGCCCAGAACUUUUUGGUGGGUCCGGCGGGAUUCGAUUGGCGUCAGAGCGAGAGAUUUAGGGCCUUACAGGCUGCAGGCCAUCUCCCGCCGAGACCCCCUCCCCGUCCACUUUCUGUCCCGAC